CGCCCCUCCUCAUCCCGAAUCCCCUGCACUUUUGGUUCCAGACCUUUCCCCCCCAUCUUCGUGCUUCCCUGCAUUCCUAUCCUCUUCAGGGCACAUCAACACACUCUUAUCUUCAUCGAUUUACACGCGCCUUUGACUUUGCGCCUGGUCUUCUGGUCCUUGAUCCCGGUGUAGAAGCCCGGUUCGCCCUCCGUCCCCGCGCGACAUCAUGCUUCAAACCUUAGCUGGAUCUUUCUCCUACGUCCGUCUGAAGUAUUGACCGGCGUGGUUCAUCGCCUUCCAAAUCGCAAACUACAUCCAGCCAAUUCCCAUCCAACGAAUCUUAUCCCGGACCCAAGAAAUACCACGUGACCGGCUGUUAAUUCUCUCGGCGAUUCGACUGGUGUGCUGUGGCGUUGCCCCUCCAGGAACCAUCUAUCGUUGGAGAAAAGAACGAUGGAGACGCCUGGGUUUUCCCAGCUUGACGAGGGUCUGUCGCAGGGCGAUAUCCCCCUUCGUCCUCAUACCGAUGGUCCAUCUAUUGUCGUUCCUACCGCGCAUCCGCCGGCUCUUCCGGGCACCUCGUCGCAUAACCCUCAGAAACCCAGAUUGGCCACCCGUCCCGCGCAUGCCGAAAAAAAGCAGCUUCUGUCCACGGGGACCAGCAAAGUCGCCAUCCCUCGACAACGUUCGGCUGCAGCCCCGCGAUAUACCAGACGAGUCCCGCUGGCGUGUGAGUCGUGCAGGCAACGGAAGACGAAAUGUAGUGGUGAUACGCCCGUGUGUCGACAGUGCAAGGAAUUGAGGAUUAGUUGUCGGUAUCCGAUCUCUUGGCGGGAGCGGACGAAAGGGGAGUUGGACAAACUUGCUGUGAGGGUCACGGACUAUGAGAAUUUACUGCGAGAUCUUGGCACUAUUGUCGAUGGUCGGGCUGCGGAGCGUAUUAGGACGGCGUUGGAAAAGCAUUCCUAUAGCGGCAGCGGUAGCGGCGAAGGCACUCAGUCCAGCUCGGUGACACCCCAGGACGAAGACAACGAUGAUGAGGUGACCUCGCCUUCGUCCAUCGGAUCUUUGGAUGCAAUCGAUCGGGUUGAGGAAGAUGUGAACCGCACUCCGAGUUCCAGAGCCACUGGUUAUAUGGGAAAGAACUCCGAAGUCACUUGGAUGCAGCGGGUGCGCAUGGAGGCCGAGCAUCGUGCUCGCAGACUGCCGGGCCCCUACGAGGUAGAACAUGAGGGCGAGUUUGCCAUCCACUCCGUCAACUACCAUCUAGACGACAUGGAUAUCUCGGUGCCAGGUCCUGUCCAUGUGUACUGGAUGCCGCCGCGCAAGGUGGCAGAUAAACUCUUCGAAGACUACCUCGAUACGGUCCACCCAUUCUAUCCUAUCAUCAGCCGGACCCUCUUCCGGGCGCAAUACAAGACAUUUUUCGAGAGCGCCGCACGGCCAGGGGACAAGUGGUUGGCUAUCCUGAACAUGAUAUUCGCCAUUUCCGCCAAGCAUGCCCAUCUUACGCGGGCCCCGUGGCGGGGUGAUGAGAAUGACCAUCUAGUGUAUCUGACGCGAGCUCGGAUUCUGAGCAUGAACGGCGAUGUGCUUUUUAGUCACCCUGAUCUCCAGCAGGUGCAGGUUGAAGGUCUGAUCGCCUAUUAUCUACUUGCGUCGGACCAGAUCAAUAGGGCUUGGAGAAUUGCCGCUUUGGCUGUUCGCUCCGCAGUCACUCUCGGAUUGAACAUGAAGAACUCCAGCGAAGGAACGGCCAACAUCUCCAAGGAGGCACGCUAUAGGGUGUGGUGGUGUCUAUACACGUUUGAGCACAUGCUGGGCAUCAUGACUGGCCGAGCUACGACAAUUAGCGACGGUAUCUGUACUACACCGUUCCCUCUCCCUUUUGAAGAAGAUCAACUGGUGGAAGCCGCAGCGACCAAGCUUUUGAACGAGCCCGAACUACGCCAGGAACACAUUGACUCGGCCCUUGCCUGCAUCUCUGUGCGGCAAAUGCCAUCCAAUCCCAAAGGAGGUCGAAACGCUCAGACGACAGAUAAGCCGCGUGAUCCGGCAUGGCUUAGAAGCCUUCCGCCCUCGAGUGCUCUUGGAUUCCUGUACUACGUCGACCUUGCAGUUAUUUCGCAGGAGAUUGUCAACCGUGUGUACUCACUGGAUUGCGUUUCUAUUCCAUGGGGCCACAUUGAGAACCGCAUUGGUGAGCUGCGAGCCCGCACUGAUGUGUGGUACGCCAAUCUUCAUGAGUCCUAUGAUUUUACUCGACGGGAAGACCAGCCAGCAGAUACCUUACGUGGCAAGCUCUUCCUCGCCUUCCACUACUACAGCGCGCGCAUUACGCUAGGACGGCCCUGUUUAUGUCGCCGUGACGCACGACAGACGGCGUCUAACAAGAAGGAGACAUUCAGCCAUGAGAUGGCGGUGAUAACACUAGACUCUGCCCGAAAGAUGCUCGACUUGAUCCCUGAUGUGCCUGAUGCUGUUCGUCUUUACGAUAUCUGCCCGUGGUGGUGCAUUCUGCACUAUCUUAUGCAGACAACGACCGUGCUGCUGUUGGAGUUGUCUUUUGGCAGUAUUCAUAUGCCAGAUGAGGAGGCAAAUUUCCUACACGCCGCCAAAAAAGCCAUUCGCUGGCUCUUCGCAAUGUCUGAGAAUAGUCUUGCAUCUCGACGCGCAUGGGAGUUAUGUUAUGGCAGCCUCCGGCAGAUUGCUGCAGGUAUGAGCUACGACAUUAGUGACUUGCCCGCGUGUGGCUUUGAGGCUCAGCCUCGGGCCCAGGAUCAGAGCCAGGCGCUCAACGGUACACAACCUGGCUAUUCGAACCAGCCGGAACAGUCCAUACAUGCGGGACCGACCUUCUACAACCCUGCGGCAUCAGAUAUGGACAAUUCAGCCUCAGCUCCUCUUCAGAUGAAUCAACAACCCAACGUGUUGUUCGCUCAGAUCGACCAGCCUUUCCAGGGCUUGGCGAUGCCAGCUUCCAACCCGUUGUCCACGAAUUCGGAAUCGAACUCUGGUCCCGGUGACUCGUAUUUCCCGAUGAAUUUCCCCGGCGAAGCUUUUCUCUUCGGCGGCGACGAAAAGCAUCCAAAGCUUUCGUUUCCCUUCAACAGCUUCCCCCCACUGUCGCCGAACGUCCGUCCGACGGUCACAUCGAGAUUUGGAUUUCCUCCGCCCGCAGGUCUCCUCCGCUACCUCCGUCGUGUCAUGAAAAGGUGCCUGAGUCCAGCUCGUCUGCCGUGCCUGGACCGCGGAUCUUCCUCCGUCCUCCACCCUUCGAUCCUCCGUCGUCUCGCUCUCCGUCACCCACUCGCGCGACGACAAUGGAGUCGCCGCCAGUUCUCCGUCGGGGCCGACUAUGUUAGGAGUAAUCCCGAGGCUUGGAUCGCAAGGCUGGAUCAGUACCUGCCGCCUUCUGACGAUGUUUUGGAUGACAAUGUGACAAUUGAAUUGGCUAAUUUACUGCUGCAUGCGCGGGAGUCCGGGAAAUUUGAUUUGCUGGCGUAUGUUGGUUUCCGGUUGAAUAAUUGGCCCGCUGUGCAGUUCUUGAUUAAUCGUUUGCUUGAUGCUGCGGACUCUCUUAAGGAGGUUACGAUACCUUCUAGGCCUUUGUCGAGUUAUGAUUGGGGUCUGGGUCAGGGGCUCUCGCUGGAUGAGCUGACGGAUAGGUCUGAGUCGCAGGCUCCGAAAAUUCCGCAGGCGGCUUCGAACGGCCUGCCGGUGUCGAAUAUGACGAGCUUGGAUGCUUUCACGGAGCGGCCGUAUGCGGAUGACCAUUCGAAACGAUUUAUGGCUGAGGUGUGGCAGAGUUUGGGGUCUAUGGUGCUGGAGGCUGCUGAUGCUUCGCCUAACGAGUCGAAGCUGGCUAUGUCUCAUGUGUUUCAGAUUCUAGCUCGGCUGCAUCACUCUGAUGCUAUCUCCGAUAGGGUGUAUAAGUACGUCCCGCCGGAUAGUUACCAAGCUACGUUCCGACCUCCAGGAAUGCAUCUGCUUUCGUCUCAUAUUAUGAGUGUGCUGUCUGAUGCUGCGUGGCUGGUUCAUGAAGCGGAGGUUGCUGCUAAAGCGGCGGCUGCUGGCGAGGAUUCGCCCUAUCUUCCAUUCAAGAUGGGGGUUCGUGAGCUUGGGCCUGAGAUUUGGCUGGAGUUUAUCCUCUGGUGCUGUGUUGAACAUGGUCACAUCGAGGAGGGAGUAUGGCUAAUCGAUCGAAUGACAAGCAAGACUGGAGAUCAGGCCUGGAAAUUCCAGAGCUGGAAGCCUUUACUCGACGACUCUGGGUCGGUCUGGCAGACCAAAGUCGAUCAGGAAGAGACUUGGCGACAGCCAGGUCACCAGGAACGCUCUACAAUGCUGCGGAAGCGACAUAGUCCGACGCCUUUCCACGGGCUCGGGAAGCGAACCAUGAGCACUGAAGUGGCUGCGGCUUUGCUGGAUAGCCUUCCCAAUCAGGUAUAUCUAGGCCUUGGUUUCAGAGGUAUGUCACCGAGCGCCCUCUUGCGCUAUGCUUCCAGUCUCAAGUUCGCGAUUGCCCCGUCAACGGAUGACGGCAAAUUACUGCCCACGCGCAGAACAUCGAACUGGUUCACCGUGCGGGUUGUGGAAUCAGGAGGCCUCAAGCCGGAAGCCGACCCCCGGAUAUUCGAAGACUUCCUCAGGAUCACGCCGUGCGUCGUUCCGCCCUGGGAUACCGACCUCCACCACGUUAAUGAAGAUGCGUUGACACGAAUGACUCGGUCACAGCUGUACGAUGACACAGCUGCCUUGGUCGGCCUGAUCGAGUACAACAUCCGGUUCUAUUCGGCGAAGCGGUUCUGCGGUGACGCUUUGAACGCAUUCUCCUGGCUGCAAGCCAUCGUUGACAGCAGCAAGAUGCAGCGCAUCGACGAGUUCUUUUCUUCGCGCGUUGAUCGACCCGGCGUCGUCCUCCCUACCCUCGACCUUGAUGAUUUGAAUUCCGCCGAACCCUUCGAAUCAUCCAUGCCGCAACUGUCCAGCGUCACCCUAGCCGAGCUAAUCGAUCUAAUCACCGUAUCGCGCGCCUUCACAUUCGGCAACUGGCUCUUCUACUCCGACGACAUCGACGGCCCCCCAGUCCCUCCCCGCUCAUACGGCGACCAAGCCCUAGCUCCAUCCAUCAUCCGCUACGCUACAGCAACCCGGAACGCGGCCCUCUGCGACGCAGUCGUCCAAUCCCUCUCCCAACCCCUCUCCUCCAACACCCUUCGCGCACUCCUCAACUCCCGCAUUGCCCUACACCAAUGGGACGCAGUCACCAAACUCUUCGAAUACCUCCGCGACUACCGCGCCAAAUCCUGGGGCCAGAGCAACGCCACCGCGCUCGCAGCAGAGAUCAUCCGUCUCGAGCACACCAUCUACCGACAACAACCACCCCCAGACCCCUCAACCCUCCAAGAAACCACCACCUCCCUCACCCGCGCCAAGGACCUCCUCUCCCGCCUCCUCACAGGCGUCUACAACGAACCCACCCACAUCGCCACCUCCCGCUUCCAAGAACGCGCCAUCUCCGGCCUCCACAACAUCUUCCUCUCCAUCCCAGGCACCCUCCACGACCUCGCCGCCUCCCUCUCCAACUCCCUCCCUCACCACAAAACCACCACCACCAACAAUCCCUCCCGCAACGCCAUCCCCUACAUCCCCACAACAGCCUUCCACACCCUCCUCUCCGCAAUAGUCGACACCCGCGGCAGCGCCGCCGGCCAACGCUUCUACGACAAAUGGUGUCUCGACACAAAGUCCCCGACUUCGCGCCGUCAGCAAGAAGGAGGCAUCGAGAGAUUCUAUCUCGGCAAGGAGCGGAACCCCGCGAAGGGCGACCCGCACUUCGACGCCAAGUACUUCAAGCGAGCCAGGGAGAAGGCCACGAUGCCAAACCCCAUGACGGUGAGGAUCAUCGCGCAGGCUGCUGUGGCGGAGUUUUAUGCGUUUGAAGGCCAGGGCGGUGUGAAGAGUAAUCCUGCUGAAGAGGUUCUGGAUUUCUGUAUCAAGAGAUUCGAGGCCUUUGGGAUGCGGAGACGUGAGAUUAAUCGGGAGGUUGGGGGGAUUGUGUAUAGAAGACGGAGGGAGGGGGGGAAGUUGAGGAGGGAGAUGGAGAGGAAGGAGAAGGAGAAGGUAGAUGCUUUGGCUGUUUGAUUGGGCAUUCGGGUGGGGGGGUCUUGUUUAUACCAUGAUUGAUCUGUCUGUCUGUCUGUGAGUGUGUCCUUUUGGGGGUUUAUGUAUUAUUUUGGUUUUGGGAGAUAUAUAUGCAUGGGUUGUUUAUAGAUGAGCGAUAAUAGAUCACUGUAUUAUAUUUCUUACUACUUACUGAAUCUGCAUGGAUGUGCCUUUGUUUUUUUUCUACAAAUAUUUACUAUUGCGUCAUAUGUUGUCGCAAUAUGGACUACUUCAGUUACGGUCAGUUGAGAUAGAUGAGAAAUAUCCAUCCCUUUGGAACUAGUUUGCACUAGAGAUAGAAGCAUC